GUUCGGAUCCUUCUUCCAGUAGCAGCAGCAGCAGCAGCAUCAGCAUCGAAGUAGACCGGUUUUGGAGAGCGCUACUCGGUGCACGAUUACCGACCGAACCAGGCACCAUCGGAAUCUGUCAGUCUGGUUUCAGCCGUCGUUCGUUUCGUGUGACCAACUGUGUAGAGAAGCACUGGAGGAAAACUCGGAAAACUCCACGGUUUCACAGUAUACACGCUGAUGUUAGCUGUAGUGCAGGAGGACUUCGGACGUGAUGUUUGUGCUGAAUUGAGUUGAGAGCAGGGCUACCGAAAGAAAAGUUUUUGAAUUGUGCGCACCGUUUGUCGAACGUGGUGUGUGGCGUGGCUCAACAAAGAUAAAACUAGUGGUACACUAUCUGAAUAGCGGAGCGCAGCCUAGGAGCAGAGCAGUCCUGUCUAGUGGCUAACAACAACAAAUUAAGGAAUUCCGUACGAGACUUUUCUUUUGAACCUAUAAGUUUGUGAAAAUCGUUUUGGCCAUCUCCAAGAAAAAUUGCUGAUGAUUACUCUGAAUGCUGUUCGGCUGCUCUGGGUAGAGAUUUUCCGGCUCUGACGUAUUACAAGCGAUAAGGUCUGCUCGUGGUCAAAAGCUGGAAAUGUAGAGUGGAAUACCGAAAAGUGCGAAGCAAAAAGUGUUCGGUACGUUGUAGAGUGAGGCAAGUAAGCGAAUAGGAGAAAAAAAUAAAAGUGAAUGUUGGCACCUCGGGCCAUUAUGCGCCUGGUACUCCGGGAUUAGCUUCGGGUUGUCGACCGACGACGGUGCACUGUAAUUAUUUUCACAUUGAUUGUUUCGGAUAUUUUUGUGUCCCCCAGAUAUAAGGUGCUACGAAACUGAAUCCGUUCAGUUUUCAUUUGAAUUUUGAGUCGACUGUGGAAAACUGAAUCAAGGGAAGCAAAAACUUUAACCGAAGUUUUCUUGACAGUGCUAUUUGGGAAAAGGUGGCAAACCGGCAGCACCAUGAAAGUGGUUCUAGCAGUUCGGUAAAAAGCUGAAUAGCAUAACUUAAAAUUAAAUGAGUGCGGAAGUGUCGGUGUGUUUGAAGUUUGAAGUGUGAAAUAUUCCAAUUUCUUUGAAGAGAAAACACAAAUUGGAAUUCAUAUCGCGGUGGUGAAAGGUAGAAAUUUUCUCGUUUUUACCACCUCAAAUUAGUUAGCUUGACGUGUUUUACGUUAACCAGGAGCAGAACCUAACAGGAACGAUGGAAUUGAGGAUUACCGCGGUGAUUGGAUUUGUCACGAUACUAGCCACCGUUGGUUGUGUUCCCAUGAAAUAUGAAAUCGGCUACCGGAACAGUAUCGAUCUGGACGCGGAACAGACUGAGGCCCGUUACGACCAGGGCAUGCUGUCGGACAUCAUGAACGAUGACCGGGCGGAGAUGCAAAAGGCCGAGAGCUGCGUGGCGGACAAUUUCAAAUACGACCACGGACAGAAGAUUCAACGAAAUGAUCCUUGUGAAAUCUGUCUCUGCAUCGAUGGUGAAAUAUUCUGCUGGUGGAAACAGUGCGAUUCACAAGAUUCGCACGAAUUGCCGCUUUCAAUUCAAUUUGCCACGCAGACGGCAGAGACACGCCAGUGGCCGCAACUGUCGAACACUCCUACUUCGGAUAGCGUGUUGCCACCAUCAUCAUCAUCAUCAGCAGCAGCAGCAGCCGCGCUAACACCGCCACCAACAAUGACAACCAGAACGACUUCGGUCAUUCCACGGAUAACCAACGAUGUGACCAGUUCUGCAUCAUCAUCAUCAUCAUCUUCUUCAUCCUUCCACUUUCCACCCACAGCAGCUGCUGUCCCAGCAGGUUCCGACCAACUGAAUAGCAAUAUGCGAAUAUUGCAUCCUGGACCACCGGAGGAUAUACCCCAGAAUAUCCUGUCGUUUCCACAAACGCCACCGAUUAUGAUGUAUAGGCCAGCGAUUGGAAAAAAUGCGACCAAUUCGGAUGUGGCCCUCACCAAUCGGAACAAACACAAGGGACCGCCGAAAAAAGUCAAGCCACUUCGUUUGAAUGAUGGACUCGGGCUUGAUGCGGGCAGCAACAAAAAGCCUUACCGGAAGUCGAUCGGCAAGGGUUACGUGGUUAACUACGAACAUACUGAACGUGUUCUGACGGAACCGGAGCGCAGAGUGACUGAACGAGUAGUCAAUUCCGAUAAUCUGCUUAUUUUGAAUGAUGGGGACCGUAGUUCAGAGGAGAAUCCGUCUGGUGGCAGAUUUAUGGUACACACGGAUGGGGUCCGCAGAAACGGUCCUAGUGGUAAAGUUGACGAUAAUAACGAUGAUGACGAUGAGGAUAUUGAUGAUGAUGACGACGAAGACGAUGAUGAGGACGAUAGUGAUGAAUCAGAAGAAAACCACGAUAGUAGUGGCGCUUUCCGGAAUCGACCAGGAACAAGUGGCGGAACAUUCGGUGGCUACGGUUACGGGAUGAUCAAGGAACCGGACGAGGACAAACAGCAGCAUUAUAUAAUCACAUCGUCCGGUCAUGUCGAAAUGUUUGAUGACACCAACAUGGAGGCCACGGAAAAUGUCUUUCGCUUGAAUCGGUUAUCUCAACAACAGCCACUAACGGUGGAAUCGACAUCCAGUUCCACUGGCCAGCCCUUUGUUACGGCAUCAAGCGGCACGUUGGAUGAGUUGAACAAGCCGCAGGCGACCAUUUUAUCGAUUCGUGAAAACAAAGGGCAAAGUAGGCCAAUCCCUCCCAUGAUAUCACUGACAACCAAUGUGACAAAACACUCGAAUGAUUCCGAUUCCAUCAUUUCGAGUUUGAUUCGAGGAGACGGUCCGCCACUGCCACCACCGCUGACGGCCUACGCGCCACAAUAUUCCGGGUCGGUAAUCGAUGUGAUAAAUUCGACGGUGGACGGAGACUAUCUGGAUGAUAAUCAGACGGAAUUCAUUUAUCCCGCCGUACCUGGUUUAGGUGGCAGAACCGGUGGAAGCAGAGUAGACGGAGGUGGGAAAUUGAAAAUAGCAAGUACAAUUCCACCGACCGAUAGUGGCAUCGGGGUGGGUGAAAGGAGCGUGACCGAACAGCAUUGCGUUGUGAUGGGUGUUUCGUACAAAGUUGGUGCGGUGCUGAAACAGGAAACCGGAAACUGUCUGCACUGUGUGUGUGUUGCCGGCCCCGAAAACGAUCCGGUGCCGCGAGUCACCUGCACUCCGCUGAACUGUCCCCCACUAAUACUUCCGGAUAUACUGGAUGGGGCCGGAUUCUAAAAGAUGCCAACGUUCGCCCACCGAUCGAUGUGGGUUCACCUUUCCCCCAGUAGAGAAUAGAGUCGACAGAGCGACCAAUUCUUUGAUCUCCUGAGCUGCAGUGAAUCCACCCUUGAAAAUGGUAAGGAACAAUUCAAUGAGAAUCAAGUAUGCAGACAUGUUCCGGCAGCAAAUGACACUAUAGAUAGGCGGACAAAUUACGAAACACCACACCCACACUGUAUCAUUUGAAGUUUCCUGUGAAUAUGUACUUUCAAAAAUAACUAUAUACCUAUAUCACGAACCAGAACUUCUACAAACCAAACAACCCAUCUUGCUGUGAACUAGAACUAGAGUAUACAGAACUACUAUACCAUUAUUACUAUAGCUAAAACCUGACUUUAGAAGAAGCAUUCAACUGUAUGUUCAACUGGACAAGAUCUCGCAAUGUUCGAUAGGUGAAAAAAAAAGCGAUUGAGUUCAGUGAUUCAUAAAAUUAGCGAAUUAUCUAAGAGCUAUGUGUUUGGCAGUAAGAGCUUGUGUACGAUAUAUCAUGUAACGAAAAAAAAAACAUUUCACUAAGUUUCUUCCCCCUAAUAAGUGUACAGAAGGUAUCCUCUAUGACGAUAUUUUUAUGCCAGCGGUCAUAAAACCGCUUAGAAUAGUGUGAUAUCAGCGAAUCAAAAUGUUAGCGUUUCGAUAUAACUAGUAUUAAAAUUGUAGCAUAAGCAAAACUGUUCGUUCAGCCUGUUAAACCUUGAGCUUACCUAAAUCACAUCACUUCGUAGGCAUAUCUCUGUUUUUGGUUAUUUAUGGUCCCGACGGUUUCUCCUUCCCCGUUUCCGGUAGCCCGUAUCCUUCGUGAAUCCUUCCUACACAAUCGACUUGCAGUCAGUGGCAUCGCGGCCGGCUCACGUAGACGGCGUUUAUUUAAAUUUCAAUGAGAGAUUUUCGAAUUUUUCAUUCAGUUUCGUUGCUACUCGAACUGCAGUCGUCGCCAUUGCUGAAUCGUGCUUGAGCUAGAAGUGAACCAGCUGCAAUGCUAAUCUUUUCUAGAUUUAGCCACUGCCUGUGAAACUAUGCUUUCGAGCAUCCUUCGAGUAGCUACGUGUUCGAUGCUGUGGAACAACGUCGUCAGCAUUAUUAUUUCACAUAGCAUUUUUAAGCACACGUGGACAUGAAUUUUUCAUCAAACUUUGUGAAAUCGAUAAAGAAUUUAGGAUUGGAACUGCAUACUGCAUGGUUAUUUCAUAAUAGCUAAAGGGCGUAUAAGUUUUGGAUGCAAAUAGUAAUAGUAAAAUGACAUUGGAUUUUUGUAAAAUGCUUUGGAUUCUGAAAAGAACCGAGGGUUACCAUGUCUGUAACUUGAUAAUUAUUUCCACGAGUAAAAUUCCAAAACAAUCAAAUUAAUGUAUAUGAGGAAAUUCAAUUAACUCUUUGCUUGAUUCUAUGUGCCAACACUGAAAAUGUUGGCGGAGACUAAAUGAUUUGAUUGUAAUUGCGGAUUAUAACACCCUUAAACUGUUGAUUUGUAUCUGUAUUCUCUCGAUUGUGUUUAUACUAUGGUGAAUUUUCUGCACUUGUUUGAAGCGAAAACCGCACUGCAAAUGGAGUAAGCGAUGGAUACAGUAAAUCAAAAGAUAAAAAUCGUUCAACUUUUAUUGGUGCAAGAGGUUUUCCUUUUUCUUCUGUUCUGCAGCAGAACUGCGCACAGUGCGAGUCAAUUCAAUACUGAAGUAAUUUUUGAAAGGUUAUCUUUUUACGUGUUUUCGUUUGCACGUUUUUUUUUUCAAAACAGCGGCUCUAACGGAAACAAAAAUAACAACAUAUAGAACUUUGAGGUUGAUUACAUCAUUUCGAAUUAUCAUUUUUCAUGUUUCGGGCCGAUUAAAUGUAUUUUUUCUAUUGCCAUUCAUUUUUCGGAUAAUUUUACUCACACGCUAACGACCUGCAGUUAAAUGAUGUAAUCGCGAGAUUCAUUUUAGGCUAUCAGAAGGUGGUAUUUUAUACGAUAUUGAACGCUGUUCGUGGCAUUUUUCUUGAAUGCAAAGCAGCCAAAUGCUGGCUUUAUUUGCACUCGUUUUCGUUUUGCGAAAAGUGCACAAAGCUAAUUAAAUUAUCCUAGAUUUGCACUAAACUGGUGAUUUGUACCUUUGAUUGGCAAAGAUAGUAAUCCGAAUAGUUCUUUAGCUAAUAUUCAGAUCCAUCAGAACCGACUGAUUUUGUAUAAUGUUCCCCAUCGUUGUUCACUUUUCAUUUUCUUUUUCUCCAACGCAAACGACCAGCAGCUGGAUGACACAUUCGCUCUUGUUUGAAACGAAACUCACACAGCGAACUUCCAAAAGCAGAUAUGCUCACCGAAGAGCUAGUUGUUAUUUUUCUGCAUUUAGGCUUGAGGACGGAAACUCAUAUUCGCCAUUGACUGAAGCACCAGUUGCAUAAUGCCGGGUGUAGUUCCAUAGAUUCCAUUCUCCGUUCAUAGACUGGAGCUAGCAAACGUGCAACAGUGUUUAUUUAUAGAUUCGGUUGAGUUUGAUGUUUCGUGGACCUAAUAAACAUGAUAUUAACCACAAUGUUAAAUCUUUUUCCAAUCGUUUCGUGGAAGAAUUAGAGAAAAUAUUCAAUCAGGGAAAAAGUUAUUAAGAAAUCAAAUCUGGAAUAAUUUCGUUACAUUUUCGUUUUGUGGAAUUUUGAAAAUGCAGCCAGCUACGCAUAGUAAAGAAAGACGUAACCCUACAUCAGAAGCUGCCGCAAAGACUGGACUCGAACCCGUAGCUAGCUCCUAUCCGGAGACAUCGUUUUGCCAACUAAACUACCCUGAAAGUGGAAAAAUAGCCUAAUUGACUAAAAGAAUCGACAGACACUAAUUUCAGAUUUUAUUUUUAUCUCUUUCAUGUUGGGGGUACAGCACAAAAACAAAAUCUCAAAUCUGUGUCAGACGGCAAAGAAGAAGAUAGACUCGUGAUAAGACGUGUAGUGAGUGAUUGCAGGUGGAGGGGUUGACACAAAGAUAUGGCUAUAAUUGAAUGCCGGGUAGCCCGAGCACUGCGUAGCACUCUCGAUUCUUCUAAUCAGGCUAUUUCUUCAUGUGCUUCACAUGCAGGGUAGUCUAAUUGGCAAAAUGAUUUCCUCGGAUAGGAGCUAGCUACGGGUUCUAGUCCCGUCUAAGCGGUAGCUUUUUAACAUUAAUUUGCCAGUUGCUUUUCAAAGAAACACAGAGCGACUAGAAAUUCAAUGCAUAUCAAAGGUCAACCAAUAGAUUGAGAAGCGAUAAUUCGAAAGGGGGCGCUCAGAAACGACGAAUGUAUAAUUUUACAACUCCAAGUUUGUUCUCGUACGACUUCGAAACUUUAACUCAGACCUUCUCAAAACUUCAUGCAUAUUGUUAGAAUUUAUUAAAAAAAUUUACAAAGUAUUGUCGAAUGCUUCAGAAUGGUGACAAUAAUAUGGAUAUAACUGAAAUGCCUUUACUUGGAAACUUCCGAAAACAGAUGAGUCGAUGGAUGUGUAGCGUAGUGAUUGUGGUUUACGUACCCAAGUAACAAUUUUUGUUACGCUAGCGUGUUUGUGACUAGUUUGCAACCAGAUAUUUGAGUGAUUGUUACUAACAUCUAACCACUUGCAUGACUCAAAAAGCGCAGUUUCUACUAGUUAUUAAGUCGGCUAAAAAUAAGUUGUCGUUACGUUGUAAUGCCAUACUGAAAUAACUUAUCUUUUCAUAACUUGAAAAUAACUUGUUCUCAAGUAAACUAGUUGAAACUUAGUCACCAUCGACAUUAUAAACAUUGAAUAAAUCCAGAAUACUUUUCUAUCAUCAAUAAAAAAGCAGAAGAGUACUUUAAAUCACAAACUUGAUACAAGGUACAAAUUUCACAACGAUCCAAAAACUGUCGAGCGGAAUUCAAUUUUACUUAACUGUUUUUUAUGCGCCUUCAAUCAAAAUCUGUUUAUAAAGAUAUAAAAAAUAAACAACAAAAUAACCCUAGUGUCAGAAUGCUCAAAAUUAUUCCAAGUAGAGUGAUUUCUCAUCAUUUUAAAUUCAUAUAUCAUGAUAAUUAUAAUAUUAUCACAAUCGAUGUUCAAUCCCUAUAUUAUUUUUUCGUGUUUAUGACAGUGCAUAGAACAAAAAUGACUAUUCUGCCCUUCACUAUUUUCGGCAAAAAGUAGUUUUGAAACAAGUAAUAUCCUGGUUUUAUUUAUGUUUCAUACACUUCUUGAGACUCCAUAUUGUGUUCGCCAUAUUCAAGCCAACAAAGGUUGUUUUGUUUGCAUUUUCGUUAUCAUAACGUUGGGAAAACCUACCGAUAACUAUCUGAAUCAAUGAAGAAAUUAUAUGUUAUAAUCUUAUAAUAUCUAAGUUAUUACUACAUCAAUUCACAGUACCGAUUUACAUAUACGCUUACGUAUUUAUAAUGGUUUCGCAACGGAAAAUAAACCUUUUUUCAACUAGUAGCUAAAAGCAUAGCUGUGAAUAAAGAUAUGUUAGAAUCAAGUAACGAUAACUUACAAACGAUAGUUAGUUCAAUGUUUACGUUAUAAAGAAACACUGCUGUCACCUUGUUUUAACCAGUAUAACAUAAAAACAUGUUCGUGCUCUUGUUGCAACACAGUUGGGUUAAGUGGUAUCAAAACUAGUUACGGGUUGCUACUAUUGAAGUCAAAUAAACUUAUUUUCAACUAAUAGCUAGAAGCAUAGUUGUGAUUAAAGAUAUGUUUGGAUUAAGUAACGAUAGCUUAUAAAUUAUAUUUAAUUCAAUAUGACACGAAGAUGUUAUGAUUGGAAACCUAAAUAACUAUUUCGUAACUAGUUAUGUUAUGAUGAAGCAUUGCUGUCACCAUGUUUUAACCAGUUUAACAUAAAAAACAUAUUCGUGCUCUUGUUUCAACAUAGUUUGGACUUUGUCGUAUCAGAACUAGUUGCGAAUUGCUACUUGGGUAGUUAAGUCACACUUUGCAACACAAGUUGUUUUCUGGAAUAUGGUUUCCAACAUUUGAGGGUGGCUCAAUAAUACAGCAUUCCCACGGAUUGGACGAGAUUGGCUAGUUUAAGGAGAACUAUAAACGGAUGUUAAUAUUUUCCUGUCCUUGGGUGUAGCUGUUUGUUUCUCGGGUUUACCAGAAACAAUAGCUUUAGGACAAUAUAGAGAUGUAGCCAGCUGCUUGUCGUAGGUAGCCAGCGAUUUACAUGGGAGCCUUCAGUCUUGGCCAGGGGUCACAUACGAAGGUAUAACUUUCUUCAAGCGCAUGCGUUACACCCGUAUACCGUUCAGGAUACCGGGAAAGAUAUUUACUUUCGAAGAAAAAGGAAAAGUGUGGUAUUUCGAACCAAGCAAAGUCCUGGCAUUAUAUUCCUUUUGUGUAAUUUGGCCUUUCUGUUUCAACAGACUUCGCAGCCGAUUCUUAGUGUACAGAAUCAUUGCAUGGCUAGUACUAUGGAUCCUACUGACACUAAGAAUCCUUCCAGGUCGGGGCUCGAACAAACGACAACUGGCUUGUAAGACCAGCGUCCUAUGCAUUGAACCGCCAACCCGGGACGAACCACUAGUCUCAUAUAUCAUUGUCCGACAUUGUUAUAUUUUUGCCAUCGUAUUGUUUUUUAAAAUUUUAUCUACACUUUUCAUUAACAUUCGAGUCGAUAAGACGUAUGCUGUGGUAUCUGAGAUAUUCAAGUGAUAUCAAGGUUUCAAGAGUGUUUGUGCUUCAAAAACUUUACUGUUUUUCAAAUAUUUUUGCGUAAAACGAAACAGCUUAAUAUCUUUAAAAUCGUUGUGUGUCACUCUGAAAAUGUUGUUCACCUGACAUUUGAUUUUUCUGAUUCAUGGGUUCUUCUGAUCUAUGACAUUUGGUUCUUUUGAUUCUAUAAUCGACCAAUGCUAGUGGGAAAUGUCUAACUAAGAUUUUUUUGGUUCUCAAUAUAUAUUCGAUUCUUACAAAUAAUUGUGCAUGCGAAAUAACAAUAAAUUGUUCGAUAAUUCGAAGAUUUUUUAAAUGUUUUGAUUGGUAAUUUAACGCCAAUAUGUCGCGUUACAUUGCAAAAUAUGAUCAAUCGGAAACAGAGGAUAAAAAACAACAUUGAUAUUUAAUCCAUAUUUUUCAUUAAAAUCUUGCGAUUUUUCAAGACGAAGUCAUAAGCAAACGCUUAACAUAAAUAUUUCUUUAAAUUGUCUCAAUUUGCAAAGUGGUUCGGAAUUCCUCACGAUUUUUUAAAAUUACAAAAUUUAGUACAUUUUUAUAACCCUUAUAACCCUUAUAACUUAUAAAUUCGAAUUUUUAGAUUCGGCAAAUUUUGAACAGUGGCAUUUUGAUUCUAGUUUAACCAACUAUUUUGAAAAAUUGCUAAUUUUGAGUGAGUUAUGAGCAGGGGCGGUGGAACAGAUUUCACCCAGGUGUUAAGUGAAAAUGUGUUGGCGGUAAGUUUGCGGUGGGUAGGGGUUUGGUUGUUACAGAAAUGUGGUAAAAAAUCAUAUUUGCAGGUGUGGAUCAUCAUUCGUCUUAUGGCACGUCCAUCGUGUAGUGGCGUUCAGUAUAUUCUGAAUAUGGUUCCAGCCACUCCUGGCUAUGAGAAUCAACGUGUGGACCUGGAUUCCCCACUUUUCUGUCAUUUGAGAUUUUUAAAAUGAUCUAGAAUGUCUUUAGAAAAGGGUCAAACUUACUACAAACAAACAAAAAAUUUAUUUUGAGACAUUUUUGUUCUAAGACUGGUAAUUAAAGUGUGUACCAUUAAAAAUCUGCACAAACAUUCUCAAAGUCCGAGUUGAUAUCAGAUUAUCGCAAAAUUUUUCGUAAAAAGAAACAGUUUUGUCAUUAUUCAUUUAAUUCAUUUCGCCUUUAUAUUCGAAUGCGCGAACCCUUGCUUUAAUCUCAGCAAAAAAAGUUCUGCACUACCUUAGAGAUGACAGUUUUUUUUUCAUAAGUAUUAACCCAUUCCCCCUUCAUUCCUUCGAUAUUCGUCAAGAUUUUAUGCUGUUUUGGAAGGUGCUCCUUCAUAAUGUUUAUUAUGUUGGGUGCAGUUUCGGAUUUACUGUCAAGAAAUCAACAUCAUUCGUCUUAUGGCACGUUCAUCGUGUAGUGGCAUGAUACAAAUUCCAGCCAUAAAAUCGUAGGACCUUGGUGAGUGAGGAAAAAGAGAUGCUGCUUUUAGAGACACUUUUCCAACUACACCUGCCCAUUCAUGGUGCUUGCGGUAAUAAAAGGUGAACUCCGCUUUCCGCAAUUACAAAUCGCUUACCAAAUUAAGAACUUCCUUUAGCCACUGAGGCUGUGGUUCAGUUUCCGAUCCCAACCACGCUUUUUUUAUUGUUCUCGAUGACCGGAUGAUAUUUUUUUUCGGAUAUUUGCUUCCGAUACAUCAUCCGACGUUCUGCAAACCAUUUUAUGAUACCAGAAAAUGUGGAAUUUGUGAUUCUCAGCUUUUUUCCGAUGGCACGGUGCGACAGAUCCUUAUUAGCACUGUUUUUUCGUCGUCAUUUGGAAAAAAUUUGCGCACCUGAUGGAAUCAAUUCUCGGAGUAUAAACAAUACACAUUAAACUAUGUUUAUGCAAAAUUUCAAUUGAUUUUACCAAACUGUUCAUAGAUUUCAAGAUGGACACUUUUAAGGGUAAAAGGCUUUUCUAAUUAAUAGGGAUGGUACUCGGAAGGCAAAAUAUCGGGGUACCGAAAUUUUGGGUAUCGAUACAGGGUAUCAAAAGGCAAUAAAGUAUCGAUACCUGUAAGUAUCAAUUUAUACUUGCGCAGCAAUCAUUUUUAAAUAAAAUAAAAUUGUCGAUUGUGGCGUUAUUUUAUGAUGUACAGAAAAGUUUUUCCAUAAAUUUGUUAUGGCAACAGAAUACGCAUAUUUCUUGCACUUCGCCUUUCGCGACUGUUGGUGCACGUUAAAGAAUUUCCACGAAUUUUGCCACGUCAAAGAAUUUCCACAAACCCUCUUUGUGUUGGAGCCAUGAUGAUUUCACAUUUCAUAUUUUUUUCAAAAAUUUUCAUGUCAUAACCUUUAUUUCUAUUCGUUUAUUUCGAUUUCGUUGAUGGUUUUCUCUCAUUGCACUCUCUUUCAGUGCACUUGUGGGACGAAGCGAGAUUGUCGAGAACGAAUUUAAACAACGGCUAGUCCACGUCAUACCAAUCCAUGCACGAGCCUGGGACUUCGUCGAAACCAAAAAAUGAAGUUCUACUGGGGACUGAUAUAGCGUGAUGGGUUAGUCGAUGCCUUUCACGCAACCCACCUGGGUUCGAUUCGCAGUGCUUUUUUGUGAGUGACGAUGAAACACCGAGCACUCCUAUCAUGCAUAUUCCACCGCUCACUCCUGAGCCGACCAACUCAUUGGCGUGCACACUCUUACUGAUGCUAUUCCCCAUAGAUAGUCGCACUUCUGCUCCUACUCGUACUCUCAUACCGUAUUUGAUUUUCAUCCAACGCUUAAUAUGCAAUCUGAUCAAGCUCGAAGCAUGUUUCAUAAAGCAGUUUCGAAAAUAUUUACACUAUUUACUUGAAUUUCAUACACAAAAGUAACAGGAGCGCAGAACUUGGCUAGAGCGAACACAAACAGGCGUUCAAACCCGCCCGGUGGCAAGAAUAGAGCGUUCUUUAAUGUCCUAUUGUAGCCAACAUCUCGAACGUGUGAUUAGAGUGCUCAAAAAAGGUAAACAAGAUAUCGAGCAUUAAUCAAAUGAAGCCUUUAUUUUUUUAUCGUAGUAAGGUACUGAAUGAAUAUUAUCUUAGUAAUAACAAUUUUUGUUAGUUAUUCUUCUUAGUUGCUAUGAUUUUUGAAGAAAGAUGCUAACCACAGUUACAUGUUACUUCUAUGAAUCAAAUUCAUGUUUAAUCGGUUUUAAUCUAAUUAAACCAUGGGUGUAAAUCAACCCUGGAAUUAAAACAAACUCCUUUGUCUCCAUAAUCAAUAUUAAAAGAGUAUUACUUUUUCGCUGAAUUUGCAUUGCAUACUGCUAUUGCGUAUUGGACUUCCGACAUUUAAAUAUCAUCAUCUGCCAAUGAACAUCGUUUCAUGACUGAUAAUCGUGAAAAUGAUCAUUCAAAAUGAUGUGUUAAUUAAGUACAACUAUACAGUAACUGCCAUUUCAAACUCAAGUCUCAAUUUAGGUUAAAAAGCUCAAGAGAGGCAAUUUUUCGCAAAAAAGGUGUCAAGAUUGCAUUAGAUUAAUGCACCCACACACUUUCUUUCGUCAUUGGCAUUUUUUAGAUGGACAUUUCUAACGGUACCAUGUCCCCAUGUCAGAUUAAGCACAAAUUAUGUAUUACUAUCAUACAGAAGAAAACAUUACUCGAUGAACAUUAGGAAAGGUCUCAAGAGCAAAUUACAGUUAUUCUCUUUGUUUACUUUCUCUUUCAAUUAUUACGGCAGAUGCCAGUAAUUCCCAAUCAAUUCGACAAUGCAUAUCGAAAGUUGAUUGUUUUUGUCAUUAUCCUAUGUGAAGAUCUUCAUGCCGAUUCUGACCCCGUGGUUUUCUCUGUCUUUCACGAUCUUUUUGGUCACUAAUUAGAUCUACAUGCCGAUUCUAACACCGUCGUUAGCCCACUCUCGUUUACCACCCCACCCCCUCACCAAUCCUUAUAUAACAUUUGCCUACCCACUUUUUUCUUCUCUCUCACCUUUUAAGCAAGAGCGCUAUCACUGCCCUUCUUCACUCGGUAGCGGUCUUUUAAAUAUUUUCGAAGGAUCAGCCAUACUCGUGCGGCUAUCAUGAUGCUACUAUACACUUCGAUUUACUAAAAUGAAAACUAACCUGUGCACCACCCUGCUAACGUACUGAAGGAGUGCUUCCAUUUCGUGUAUAUUGAUGGGGCUCUCUUUUGGAGUGAGUACGGACAUGAUCUGAAAUAGAGCGAGCUGACUCGCAGCAGUAACCAACUAGCAGUGAGUGUUUACUCCUACUGACUCUCACUCAUCGUACCCAAGAAAAAAUAUCACUCAUGAUUAAAAUGCACCUUUUUGUGACUCAUAAGCGUGCGCGGAGGAGUGCGAGUGAGAUAGAGUACGUCUCGCACUCGCUCGAGAAUGUGCUUCAUGCCCUGAGUUCUCGCUCUAUCAGCAGCACUGGGAAUUGAUUUUAAUUCGUUGCGAUACUGUAAGUAUCGAAACCAAAAGUAUCGAUACUAACAGUAUCGCUCUGAUGAGAUAUCGAUACCAAAAAUACCCGAUUCUUGAAAGAAAGUAUCGAUACAUAAAAAAGUAUCGACUCGGUAUCGCACAUCCCUACCAAUUAAGUUUAAGUUCUAUCAAGUAUCGAGGGUCGAAUUUUACACACUGCGUGUAGCCACAGUAUCAGCACCCUUUGUUUAUUAGAUUUGCUCAUUUCGAAAUUUUAAUUUAAGGUGUUUGUUCACCGAAGUUACCAAAUUGGUCAACAUAAAUAUUUCGUUAUUACAAUUUUGGAAUUAUUACAUCAAUUUGUCUUUAAAUAUCGAACUCUCGCAUCAAUAACGACAACGUCGCGAAUAGAAGUAGUUUUUAGAUUGCUUCAGUGAUCAUGAGUUAACUGAUGGCAAAACAAUUUGAACAUUGUUUCCUAGCUUGCCAACUUAAAUCUGCAUCAAUUAUUACAUCUAACUACGAAAACUCGAAAAACGUAAUGCUUUCAUAUAUUUCUUUACCUAAUAUUCUUUUUUUUUGCCGGUGAAGAAAUUUCCGUUAUUCAAUGUCAUUUUUCCAGCAAUCAUAUGUCUCCACGUCGAAGUUAUCCACCAAGCAAUACAGAAAAAGUGAACAUUAAGUUAUUUCCACGAAAAAAAAAAUCCCAUCCCAUCAUCAUCACAUUCGAUCGUUUCAGCACACGACCAACUCAGUGACCAUUCCACCGAACAGUUUAUGCAAUGUUCACCGGUUUUUUUUUACAUUUUUUUUUUACUUUCGUCUGAGACCGGAAGUCACGUACCGCAUUCGUGCACGUCCGAAUCAGGGAAAUCACAUCGUUCGUGCAGUUUUCCGGUUCAUUGUUAGUGGUGGUGGUGAUGGUAGUAGAAGCCGUUUGACAGUCCCCAGCGGAGCUAACACAAAAAGGUGCACGUCGAGAAACUGCUGCCGAUCAUUGCCGUCCUCCGACACUCUAUCAGACAAACAGGGUGGUUAAAUUGAUAUUGUAAUUUUUAGUUGUUGUAUGAAGCAAAAAAAAGCAAAUCCAAUUACCGUGAAUGGCGGAAAGUUUGGACGUGGAACAUUGCUAGUUUAAGCACGACCAACGCUGUAAACGGUUUGUUUGCAAAGGAACGGGUUAGUGAAUGGAUUUGUUCGUUAGUCAGGAUUGAAAUUUGUCUUCCAACUUUUUCGGCAACACUCUUCGAAAUAUCACAAUACACAUAUCUUCAACCAGUAUUUCAUUUCUUCCUGUAGUCCUAGCAUACUCCAUUCUCUAUUCUAACCAUUCCCGAAGAGCUGUACGAACAUUGAACAAAGUAUUUUGUAGGAAUUGUAUUUACCGUAGCAAUAGGUUCAAUAUUUGAACUAUUUAAUGAAAUAAAGCACAGGCAAAGCAAAAUGGUAUAACCGAAAGUUUUUUAAUACAUACUCAACUAUACUUAAACAGGCACACUUACACAGAUAAAACAAAGCUCUACUAAUUGAUUGAUCACAUUUAUGAAGUGUAAAACAAUAAAACAACCCACAUAAAUAUGUAUCGAACGUGUAUCUCGUCUGCUGUUGAAGCAAAGUAAUAAGAAAAAAAUAAAGCAACCCUAACUCAGUGUGUGGUAAUCCGAUCUGUUUAUGGUAACUAAAAUUCGUACGGAAUGAUGUGUUUUUGAAAGGAAAAAAAAAUUAAUGAUUACUAUAUCGUUUAGGAGUACUGUGGAGCGUAGUCAAACUGUAUAGAACUAGCUAAAAUUAAGAAAAAGGCGUGCAAAAAAGGCGUUUGAGGCAAAACGAAACCAACCAAAUCGAACCGUACACACAAGUUAUGUUGAUAAUUGAUGAAUAAUAAAAAAAAAUAUAUACACUGUGAA